AAAGAAAGAAAAUGUCUUUGUCUUCAAUGUGCUUGAUUAAAGGUGAAAUUUGGUAGGAUAUAAAACAAAAUUUUUGACAUCGAAAGGAGGGAAUUGAAUAUUGGAAAAGGAUGGAAUUAGUUUACACGGUGGACUGUGAUGUUCCUGGCGGAGAGAAAGAUUGGAUAUCAGAGAAAAAGGCCUGCUGUUCUUUAUCACCCCAAAACUUUUUGGCUUUUUCGACCGAAAUAACUGUGAAUAGGGGAGAUACACCAUUAUCAACAACAUAUGAAGUGAAAGUAAUAGAUUUAGACAGACCAUGGGACUCCUAUAUUGUCACACAUGGACUAUCUGCUGUAACCUGUAUGAUAUGGGACAGAACAGGUCAUCGUUUACUUCUGACCACUGUGGAUGGUUGUUGUUCUGUAUGGUUAAUGGAGGAUUUUUUAGUGAAUAAAUGGAAGAAUAUUGGGAAAAGUGUACUUCAAGGAGAAGAAAUAUUGUCAGCUGUCUGGUUCCAUUCUGGUGUACAGGUUAUUUUCAACCCAGAUAAAAAAGAUACAAAUUCUUAUAUGGAAAAGUUUCAAAAAUCAAAAUCAUUCAGUCCAACAUUAACCAAGUUUGGUGGAAAAGCAGAAGAUGGUUGGUUGGUUCUCACUGCUACAGGACUGGUCCAAGCAGGCAUCAUUAAUCAACUUGAUCAAAGUGUGGAGUAUGUUCAGGAAUGUUUAGGUAAAUCUUACAACAGACUCAACAUAGCAAGUAUGGCUCACACUGGUAAUGGUGAGGUCAUGAUAGCAACCACUGAUGGUCAAUUGUCGUCUGCCAUACAAUGCCAUCUGGUAUCAUUAAGUUUAAAUGGUACCUGUGCAAAGAUUGAAAUCCGUGCUGGAGCAAGUCUUCACAUGAAAAGUCAGAUUGAGUACGGGAGCAGUAGUACUCAGAGGAUGAUGACAACUAACGUCGAGUUUAUAAACAUGGACUCCAGCGACACCUUGAUACUCUGUUGUGGUAGUCAUGGUUACAGUUGUAUGGAAGUCUGGCAGCUACUUGAACAACACAUGCCAUUGAACAAAUUGUUCCCUAUACCACAGACACAAGAUGCUGGCUUCAAAAUUCCAAAAUGGAUGCAUAAAGCUACGAUUCAACAUGCUUCCUAUCUAACCUCUAUAGCUAAUCCUAGAUUACCCAUGAUUCUUAGUAACCAGAUGGAACCAGGAUUUUCUCCAUACAUUGCUGUAUCGUAUCGGGAUGGAAGUAUCAAAUUUAUUCACAGGUUCACACAUCAAGUUCUGCAAUCAAGUUCAGAUAUCUUACAAAGACAGAUUCAAGGCUUCAGUCCAAGCAAGAGACAGAAAACAGCGGUUCAUAUAACUAACUUGAUUCAGACAUUGAGCGGAUGUGGUCUGAUAGCCGUACAUGAUGGACAGAUAUCUGUGUUAAAGGUUUAUAAUGUGAGAGAUGUAAGCAUGACAAUGGCCUCACUUCAUGUGUGUUUGUUGUUAGAGUAUGCCAUAAUUACAGGUCAGGAUUGGUGGGAUAUUUUAUUAGCAGUCAAGCCAGGUAUGAUUGAAAAUAUUUGUCAGAAGUUGACAGAAACGCACAACAAACAAGCAGUAGCUACACAAGAAGUAUUCAGUCAACGUCUGCUUGCCCUGAAGAUGGCGCUGUACUGCUGUAGUAGUGUUGGUCACCAGAAGGCCACAGACUGUCAUACCAAACUUGUUCUCUUGUCACUGUAUGCUGUGUUCAAAGCAUUACUUAGACCAAAGAAUGUUACCAUUCAGGAUGUGAGCCCCUCAGAGAGAUUGAAUCUAAUGUGUCUAAAAUCUAAGGAUGGAGAUCUAGAAAGUUUGGUAGUCAAAUUUGAAGUAGAAGAAUUUCUCAUAGAUACCAGAAAAGUGUCUGGAAAUCCGAAUGUGGCACUGCAGUCAAUACAACCAUUGAUCCAGUGGGUGGCAGAUUUCACCUUACAUCUUUUGGCAUCCAUACCAUUGUUUCAGUCAUACAACAACUUCCCCGGAGCAUCAUUACUCAGUGACAACCUUAUACUCAACAUCUUACGAGAACUGAUUAUCGUCAUACGUAUCUGGGGCAUCAUAUGUCCGUCAUGUCAACCUGUCUUCACCACUGCAUCAUCUCUAGACUGCCUGCCACACCUCUUCAAAUUGUUAACAAAGGCCUGGUUAUGUUGCAAAGAAAACGUAAAACUUGAUCUGGACGAAGAACUUUUAGAUGAAUGUCUAGUGUUGCCCAGUAAAAUGCUAGUUCCGGGUAUAAAUCAAAGUUUCCGAUUAUCAAAUGAAGGAUACAGUUUGUUUUUACAACAAUUUCCACAAAUGAUGACUCUAGAUGAAGAACCUGAUUAUCUGUAUAACAUUAAGAAAACUAAUUCCAUGUUUAUUCCUGAUGGAUUAAUAGAAAACCAUCAACAUCAUGACAUUGUUCGCCAAAUUCAUCUGGGUGUUAAACUAUCAUCAUUAGUUAGGCAGUGCUGUAGAUGUGGGGCGUUCUCAUUGUUGUCAAGUGUGGCGAAGUCAUCAAUCAUGAAGGCGUGGGAACAAAGAUGGCAGAAAAGUUGUCUUUGUGGCGGACACUGGAAACUACAUUCACCUAAUACUACACAUUAACAUUUUAUAUCACAUUUUGUAAAUUUUCAA